CAACCUCGACCCAGUUCCCAAAUCCAUUCCUACGGAUCGCCGCACUGUCCCACACACCCCGCCUCUCGUCGCUCGUCUCCUAAACAACACAUUACGUCGCGUCUCGCCUCCCGCUUCUCGUCUCUCGCUCGAUCCAUGAGUGCCUGCGCAUCUUGAUCCGUUGACCCACGGGGGUUGUGGAUGCAACUGUACGUAUCUAUUCGCUCUCCGUCCGCGCCGCACUAGAUCUUCCCUUUCCUCCGCUCCGCCACGUGUCCAAUGCGCGCGGGACCGACGCGAGAGAGGCGCCUCGCAGCGCGCCUCGACGGCUUCGAGGGCUUCGAAUGGACGCUCCCGGACCGCCACACGCUCCGCGCCGCCUCCGCCGCCGCCAGCGGCGCCAUCAGCGGCGGCAGCAGCGGGGGGCCCGUCGGCGGAAUCUUCUCCCGCAGCGGAGGCCCGUCGGGGGGGCUUCCCGCGGGGCGCAAGGGCGGCGCAGGUAGCGGCGGCGGCGGCGGGGGAUCGUCGUCUCCCCGAUGCUCGAUCUGCUCGUUACUAUGCUGCACUUGCAUGCUCGUCGCAUCUGCCCUUAUUCUCCUCAUGCUGCUGCUCGCAUACGCGCACCCGCGCCUGCCGUCUAACCUGCGCCUGCAUCACCAGCCCCGCUCAGCGCACCGCCACGCGCGGCAGCAGGCGCAGCAGCACCUGCGCGGAGGAUCGGCGGGUGCGGGCGGCAUUGCGGCGCGGCUGCGCUCAGCUGUAGUAGGCGCGGACCUACCGGGGGAAGAGAGCGUGUGGGCGUCCGGGGGCGGGAUCAUCGGGGAGCUGGGGAGUGCGCGCAAGGAGCGGUCGCAGCGGCGGCACCAGAUACAGGGGGGCAUCGGCGAGAAGGGCGCGAAGCAGCAGCAGCGGCGGGAGGGUGGGUACGAUGGGGUAAAUAAGCGGGGCUUCGAGCGCAGGAGGGGGAAAGGCGGCGGCUGGCAGCAGCGCGGGGGGCUGCGCGGAGAGGAGGAGGCGGAAGAAUUGGACGAGACGGAGAUGGGGAUGCGGCUGGGGGAACAACGCGGAGGCGGGGGGGAUCGGAGGAGCGCCUCUGCGCGGGUAUCCGGGAGGGAGUGGGAGCGGGGCAGCGGGAAAGGAAGGGGCCUUGGAACGGCGGCUGCUGCCGCUAAAACCGGGAGAAGCGAGGGCGGGGAAGAGGAAGAGGAGGAGGAGAAGGAGGAGGAGGAGGAGAAGGGGGACGAACACAAAGGAGAGGAAGAGGAUGAGGAAGAGGAGGGGGAGGAGCGUGAGCUUGAGCGAGGGGGCAAAAGAGCGAGCGAGGUGGCAAGAGAGGUAGGAGGGGUAGGGGGGCUAGGAGAGGAGCAUGAGGAGAUGGGAGCAGGGGCAGGGCGGGAUCGUGCAGGUGUUGGGGGGAAAGCAGGCGGCGCUAGUGCAGAUGAAGAGAGUGACUUAGACGAGGGCGAUGCUGUCAGUGUCCCAGAGCGUGACACUAACGAGGUCACUCGCGGUUCUGGUGCAAGCGGGCGGAAGGGGAAGGGGUAUAAUAGCGCUGGGGAGAGGCGGAGGGGGGGGAAACGGAGAAGCAGGCGCGGCGUGACGAGGGGGGAGCAUGACAUUGACAUUCGACGACGGGUGAGCAGACGAUAUGUGGAUGACGGGGGGGAGGAGGAAGAGGAAGAGGAAGGGGAGGGGCAUGAGGGAUUGCAUGGCAAGGCCAGUGGGGUGGGGCAUGGGGAGGACGAACCCGAAGCGGGAGAGGAGGACGAGGAGGAGAAGGAUGUGCGGGGAAGGAAAACGCGGAGGGGGGGGAAGAGAGGGCGGAAGAGGACAAGGGGAGGAGGGGAGGAGGCGGAAGAUGGUUCUGACUCAGAUGCUGACGUGGACGGCCUAGAUGCGAUUCUGAAGGUGUUAGAGGAGAAGGCAAGGAAGCGGAAGGGCAGAGGGAAGGGGGGGCGCGAGGGGGAGGUAGCAAGGAGAGAUGGGCAGAAGAGGCGGGGGAGGGGGUCAGUUAGGCAGGAGACUGAGGCAGAUGAAGACGACGAGGUGGCGAUUGGGAAGGAUGGGGGAGAGGAGGAGGAGGAGGAGGAGGAGGAGGAGGAGGAGGAAGGGGCGAAGGGGAAGGGGAAGGGGAAGGGGAAGAGAGGCAGGCAGCGGGAGGCAAAGACUGACAGCGAGGAUGGGGAUGGGAGGGCGCGGCAUGGUGCAGUGGACUUGGAGGAGGGAAAGGGAGAGCAGGGGGAUGGAGAGAGAGGAGAGAAGGCACUGGCGAAGCAAGGCGAGGUGGGAAGGGACGAAGACUUGCCGUUUGGGAAAGCGGCUGGGGCAGGGUUGGUGGACGGGCGAGGGGCAGAGGCGGGGCAUGCAGGGGAGCAGGCGGAGGGGCGUCAGCAGCAGCAGCAGGGGCAGCAGGAGGGGGGAGGGGCGGUAGGGGGAGGAGGGAAGCAUGAGCUAGACUCGCUGCUGGAGGGCAUGGGGAUGGCAGGUGGAGAAGAGGGGGGCAGUGCCGGGCUGCAUGGUGAUUCCAAGGGGGGAGAUGCUGGUUCUGCUGGUGCUGCUGGUGCUGCUGGUGCUGGUGCUGGUGCUGGUGCUGGUGCUGGCACACUGGGUUCUGGCGCUGCAGAUACAGACGCUGGUGGGGAGAGGGCUGAUAGCAGCCGCAGCAGCAGUGCUGGGGAUGUUGCUGAUGAUGAUGACGAUGAUGAUGAUGCUGGUGGGGCUGCUGAACGCACUGCUCAUGCUCUUGCCGAUUCCGUACACCACAGCAGCGGCUCGCAGGGGAAGGAUCAUGGGCAAGAAGAGGGUGGCGGGGGAGAGCGGGGGAGGGAAGGGGACAGAGAGAGAGGGGGUGACAGCGGGCAGCAGGUGAGUGGGGAUGGGGCGGGUGGAGGAGGGGGAGCAGGGAAAGGGGCGGAUGGUGGAGCGCAGAGAGAGGGGAGUGGAAGUGAGGGGCCAGCAGGGGAGGAAAGCACAGGCCGUGGAGAUGCAGGGGAAACGGUGGUGGGUGAAGGGGCGGUGGGGGAGAGUGAUGGGGCGCAAGAACGAGAGAGCCGUGGUGCAGACACGUCAGGUUCUGAAGCAGCAGUGCAGGAAGGGGAGGCCGCACAUGCGAAUGCAGUGGCGAUGGAAGGGCGGGGCGAUGGUGAGCACAUGAAAAUGCAGGCUGAGCAUGCUGGCAAUGAGCAUGCUGGCAAUGAGCAUACUGGCAAUGAGCAUGCUGGCAAUGAGUAUGCACGCGAGGCCGAGGGAGCACAAGGAGCAGAAGGAACUGGAGGAAGUGGAGGAACAGAAGGAGGCAUGGGAGGAGCAGGUAAAGGUGGCGGUGGUGGGGAGGGAGGGGGAGGGGAUGAGCCAGGGCGGCAGAGAGAGGAGGAACUGAGGGGGAGCGACAGGGAGAGGGCAUAUGCGAUGGGGCUGAAUCCAACCAGGGUUGAGCAGAGAGAGAGCAGUGAGAGUGGGAGAGACGGGGGGAGCAUGCAUGAGGGAGGGGGGGAGCGCGGUGGUGAUGGUGGUGAGGGAACUGGGGAGGAGAACCCGGCUCAGGCCUUUUAUCAGCAGCAAAUGCAGAGGGAGGAGGAGGACGAGCAUCGCAGGGUGGGGUACAGCAGCACCAGGGAGGGGGAGGGGCAGGAGGGCAGUGCAGGAGGCGAGGAGAUGCAGAGAGGAGAGGGAGGGGCAGGGGCAGGGGCAGGGGCAGCCAUACAGCACGGAGGGGUAGGAGCAGGUGUAAGGGGAGGUCAUGAGGAGGAGGAGGAUGAGGGGGACGAGGGGCUGGGAGUGGUGGUGCAGGCAGCAUCAGGUGGGGAUGCGCAGGGCAUUCAGAGGGCGCUGCUGGCUGCUCCAGGGACUCAUGCUGAUGUACUGUCACCACUGACACUGGCUUCAUAGUACCGGGUUGCCAGGUUACCGGGUAGCAUAGCGUCCAUCCAUUCCAUUGCCAGGGCGGAGUCUCUGCAUGGUUGGGAGCACCUAGGUAGUACCACUUCCCGGUUGGGACCUUCGAGUAUGGCACACACAAUGGAGUCCCUUGAUGAAGUAUCUAUUGCUGGCUUAUUGACACGUCUCAUCAUUUAUCUUCUCUGUGCCUUCAUUGCAACUUGAUUCAAUUCCAAUCUUAGCG